AUGCCUCCCAGGAAGAGGUUAAGGCUCUCGUCACAAGGAGCUUCGACUCCGCAAACCGAGAAUCCCCAACAAACACCGACAACUCCGGCGCAACCGGAGACUGCAUCGAAGCCUGAGGCCGAGACUGACUCCCUAGUUACGGACCCAUGGACUGAGGAUCAGGAAACAUCAUUACUCAAAGGCAUCAUACGGUGGAAGCCAGUUGGAAUGCACAAACACUUUCGCAUGCUCGCUAUCUGGGAUCAUCUAGCGAGCCAAGGUUAUGCAGCUCCAAGUGACCAACAUAGUCGAAUACCUGGCAUAUGGAAGAAGUUGGAAUCGCUGUACAAUCUCGUGGGACUGGAUGAGAGGGAGGCCUCCUUUGCUACAGAUACAUCUGGCGAAUUGGAACCAGCACAAGAGCCCUAUUGUCCAUUUCAGCUCCCGGUCGAUGAAUAUGGGGAGAUGAUGUUCGAGAGGAGGCUUGCUCCGGAAGGGACGGCAUCUCCUCCUAUGAGUCUAACUGGAGGAUCGAGAAGAGCCAGCACUGCUGCAGACACAGAUGAACCGAGAUCUUCACCUGUACCUUCUCGCGGUCGGCGGGGAAACCGCAGCACCCGCGCCACAACCCGAGGCACAAGGUCGUCUCGGUUACAUGCUGAAGUGGAGAAUGGAAAAGGUCGACAGAAUAAUAAAGCCAGCCCCGCUAAAGAAGAGGAUACUGGGGAGGAAGGUGGGGAGGAGGACGUUGAAGAUGAGGGGACAGAGACAGGUGAAGGGGAAGAAACAGAUACAGCACCCGCAAGAUCAACUAGGACACAGCCAACUCGUGGAAAGGCGAAGAAGACAACGCGAGGGGCCACUAAACGUGGUAGGCGACGGUAG